AUGUGGAUCGUGGUGAGUUUGCUGUGUUGCCUCACGCUCGGGGGGCUGCCAGGGGCGAGCGGCUCGUGCCCAUCCCAGUGCAGCUGCGCCUUCCACAGCCUCAGUGAAGGGACCAAAGCCAGGACAGUGCUGUGUAAUGACCCAGAGAUGACCCUCCCUCCUGUGAACAUCCCCGUAGAUACAAUCAAGCUUCGGAUAGAAAAGACAGCCAUUCGCAGGGUGCCAGGAGAGGCUUUCCACCUACUUCACAACCUGGAGUACCUCUGGAUGCCCUAUAACUCCCUGGCCAGCCUCAGCGGAAUCACCUUCAAGGGCCUUCAUCGCCUACAGGAGCUGAGGCUAGAUGGGAACAAUUUAAUAGCUUUCCCCUGGGAAGCCCUGGCUGGCAUGCCACAGCUGAGGCUUCUGGAUUUACACAACAAUGAACUUACCUCAGUCCCUCCAGAUGCUGCUCGUUAUAUCAAGAAUAUCACAUACCUGGAUCUGUCUAGCAAUAAGCUGAUGACUCUUCCUCAGGCUCUUAUUGCCACCUGGGCAAACCUCCAGGCUGUUCCUUACUUCCCCAAUGACAACUCCAAGAUCAUCCUAGGCUUGCAAGACAAUCCGUGGGUAUGUGACUGCAGUCUGUAUGAAAUGGUCCAUUUCCUAAAUUUCCAAUCUCCUAACAUAGCGUUCAUUGAGCCCAGGCUGAAAUGCUUCACACCCAGGAGCCUUGCAGGAGUGUUCUUCAGCCAAGUGGAGCUAAGGAAGUGUCAAAGCCCCGUUGUACACACUUCUGUAGCCAAAGUAAAGACCAUCCUGGGCAGUACUGUGCUGCUACGAUGUGGGACAACAGGGGUGCCCAUCCCUGAGCUCAGCUGGAGGAGAGCUGACGGUGCUCAACUGAACGGCACAGUUCACCAGGAGAUUUCCAGUGAUGGGAUGAGCUGGUCUAUUCUGGGCCUGCCUGUAGUCUCUUACCUUGACUCUGGAGAGUACAUCUGUAAAGCGAAGAAUUUUCUGGGAGCAACAGAGGCGUUCAUAUCUCUCAUCAUCACAGACUCUGAAAGCACGGAUGACCCUAACUCUAAUGGCAAAGGCACGUGGAAUGGGAAGGCGAGUGGGAUGGAAGCAGCUGCCUACAAUGACAAACUAGUAGCAAGGUACGUUAUCACCACCUCCACUGUGCCUACCCUGGGGGCUGGAGUGGGCACCGGAGAGGGCCUCCUCUCGGAUGUGGAACAAGACGGCAACCCCAGAAACCUGCUGGUGAGCCCACCCACUGGUCAGCAGGAGCCAGAACGAAUGGUGAGGAGUGUCAGGGUGAUAGGAGACACCGACCAGAGCAUCACCCUGGCCUGGAAAGCACCUCUGGCAAAGAAUACGACAGUGUUCAGUGUCCUCUAUGCCAUCUUUGGAGAGAGGGACAUGCGGCGGAUCAACGUGGAGCCGGGGAAGACCAAGGUCACCGUCUAUGGGCUGCUGCCAAAGACCAAAUACAUCGUGUGUGUCUGUGUGAAAGGACUGAUCCCCAGGAAGGAGCAGUGCAUCAUAUUUUCCACGGAUGAAGUUGCCAGUGCAGGAGGGACCCAGAAGCUCAUCAAUGUGGUUGUCAUCAGCGUGGCCUGUGUCAUCGCUGUUCCCCUGACGCUGGUGGUCUGUUGCGGAGCGCUGAAGAGGCGCUGCAAAAAAUGCUUCGUGCGAAAACCCAAGGAAAUUCAGGAAUCCUAUGUCACCUUUGAAAGCCUGUCUCCUGGGGCCAAGGCAAAAGGCGUGGAAGGGGAAUACUUGACUAGACAUACCCCUGAUGAGUCAAACAGGCUGCUGUCUGCCCGGUCCAGCGUGGACUCUGAAGCGAUACCAAAGAUAGAGGGACAACCUAAUGAAUACUUUUGCUGAUAGUAGCUAGGAUGAUUGUCAGCUUGCCAGGUGGAAAGCAUGUGGCUGUAUAUAUGACUCUGUGCUCCAGCACUGCAGGCCAGCCUGUCAAUACUUCUGUCUCCAACAUGUUCUGGAAGAGGAUGCAAGAGGGUAGAUGGUGCUCAAGCUUUACAGAAACAUGUUGCUUACACCACUUGGGGUUUGGUGUUUUGUACCCAGUCAAAAGUUUCUGUGAUAAUGGCCUCAUUCUUCUGGACUAUUUCUUUUUCCCUGUAAAAUGAAGCAUGCACAGUAAGUGUGAGGACAUUAACAACAUUUCUGAGUGUGUUCUGCUUGGUGUUGUUUAGUACCUGCUCUGCAACAUACUAGGUAUUUUAUUCCCAGCUCUUUUGAUAUUCUUUUGGUUGACAAACAGGGGAGUGUUUAGUAAUUCUACUAUAAAUAUCUAUGAAAGGGAAGAUUGAGAGUCUCACUUUUGACAUUCUCUGUGUUUGCAUGAAACACGCGGUUUGAUGCUUAGUAGAUCACUAAAUGCAGAGGCACAACAACCUUUUCUAAUAUGUCCAACAUAAUAACAACUCUACUCUGAAUUCAUAGAAAUGUGCAAAGGAGAUAGAAAUCAAGAGACAAAAACCAAUGCACUCCCAAGAAUCAUAAUAACAUUUUCUGAUUGCAUUUUUGUCCUAAACACUAUUCUUAAGAUAUUAUUGAACAGUACAGCACAGAUCCUUCAGUAUUGGUCCUAGCUGGUAUUUUUUACCUUAUUGUAAUUAGUAGAAUAUGUUUUAUAUCAGCUAUGAUAGUUAAAAAAUCCUGUAAUAGCCUACUUUGCACAUUGUGUGUGAUGUUGUAAUCAUACUGGAAAACCUACACUGGACAGUUUUGCAAAAAUCUCCCAAACUAGUCCUGUCAUUGCUGUCUGUGCUCCUGGCAAAACUGAUAAUGAAGACCCACAUGGUCAACCAGGCACUUGUGACUUGGUCUUGCAAAUAACUUGCUCCAUGCAGAGCAGGAGAAUGUGAUGCUGUGAUGGAUGGCCAUGCACAUGUCAGCCAUAACUGACUAUGAACUCAAUGGUGGCAGAGGCUCAGGGCAGACUUGUGGGUUUCAAACAUUUUACAAGUUCAAGAACCCUAAAAAAAAACUUGUCUAAUAUUAAUCUAAAUGUACUUUCAUAGUCAGGGUGAGCUGAUCAGUCAUUGGAGUCCUGCGGCUUCACUGGAAUUUGGAUCUGGGUGUUUGUCACAAAGUACUUUGCUGAUGUAUAAUUUUCCAUUCAAGUCUCUCAUGUGGUAAUACUGUAUAUAACAUUUUUUUUCUCUCUGUA